AUGUUCCGCCAACAACAGCAGCAACAACACCAUCAUGAUCACACCCAGAGAGAGGUGGUCUGUUCUGAGGCUCAGACGGACCCGAGUGACGCGCUCAACAAGCUCAUAGAAUGUCUGGACAAACUCCGGGUCAACGAGAUGCAGGGUUCUGAGAAAGAGCUGGAUUCCGGUGUCGUUUCCCAGUCUUCCGGAAUAUUUUCGCCAGAUGGGGAAAGGAAAUCUUGUAAGGUGGUGGGAGACAUACACAGUGGUCAUGGAGCCUCAUGUGGUAAGUUGGAAGGCAGCCAAUUGCAGUCGUCGUUUCCGAUGGGCAGGUUGUUCAGCGUCGGUAACUCCACGGCGGCAGUCUAUGACGGUGAGUCAAGCCGAAGCCUGGGCGGGCUGGGUCAGGAGGGCUGGGCUGUAGACUCUGACGAAGACCCUCCAUUGGACAGCUCAUCUAUUCAUGAGGAGAACCUGGACCCGCAGCAACAUGCGGCGGAGUCUCUUCAUUGCUGUUCUUUGGAAAAUCUUUGCCUCCAGUCUGCUGUCUCGCAGUCAGAAGACAGCCCCAGACCUGAAAACAUAGACAACGAGGCAGAGGAGGACGGCACCAAUCCAGAUGGUACCAGUUCCACUGAGGGAUCUAGGUGGCAGGGCCACUGCUCCAACCUGCUCUCCACACAGUCACUACCAUCCCCCCUAGCCUCUGACUGGCAAGCCUUAGGGGACACUAAAUGUGGGGAAGAAACAUUUGAUGUUCCAGAUAGGAAAGGUCUGUCUAAACUGGAUGUUGACCUUUCCUACCAGAUCCUCCAUCUGCCCUUUGACAAGGUCCUGACAGCUGGAGCUCUGCAGAAGGACUGCUUUGCCAGCUCCAGCUCUGCUCUGCUGUGUGGAGGCCUCCAGGCUUCCCUGUCCUCCAGCCAGAUCACUAACACCUCCUCCCCAGCCCGUCACCACUACUACUCCUACUACUGCCCCCCACAGACAGCCCACGGAAGGCUCAGCGUCCUCAGUCCCUCCCUGGAUGAGCUCUCGUCCCGAGAGGAGAUGUUCUCCACCGACCUGGAGGACAUGGAUCGAUUUCCCAGAAGCUCCGUCUACGCAGGGAGGAGGUUCCCUGCGGAGGUCGAGCACCUCAGAGAGCCAGGGGUCAAGAAAGUCUGUCCUAAGUCCAAGAAGCUCUUGUGCGCCUGCUGUGGCUUGAGCCUGUUGAAAGGAGGGGCGAGCAGGGUUAAAAUCCAUCACAGCCCGAGGGUGUACGCCGAUGAUGAGGCGGGGGAUUCCGAUGAAGUUGUCGAGCAGGAACAACAGUCUGCAAGGACGUGUGAUGAGAGUACGCACCCCACUAGGGUGGUCGUGCAGAAGCACUCUAUCCCCAAGAAACACCAGCCUCUACACAUCCAACAGCAUCCCAAACCCAGCUGUAAGAGAGGCCAGUGUAGAGAGGCUGUCGGACCAGAGGAGCAGCAGGAGGAACCAGAGAUGGUGCUGGUGGGAGCAGAGCUGGAGUAUUAUGAAGGCCAUGUGGUGGAAGGUGGGCAGGAUGCAGGGGAUAAGGAACACAGGACAUGCAAAGAAAGACUGGCAUUGAGGAAAGCUCUGUGGAAGCCAUUGGUGUACCAGAGAGUGCGAGAUGAGGAAAAGGACAAUGAUGACGAGGAAGAGGAGCCACCACGAUGUCACAGGGGAAAAGGGUCCACCAAGAGGAGACACAAGAUGUUAAUGUCACACCAUUGA